AUGGGAAAGGCAAGUAGGUGGAUGAUAAGUUUCUUGCUAGGGAAAAAGGAGGAGAAAGAAAAGAAGAAAAAAAACAUUUCUUUCUAUGAGGAUAAUGUGAAAACCCCAAAUGCAAGUUUACCAUCUGCUCCUACUACUUACAAGAGGAGAUGGAGUUUUGGGAAAUCAUCAAGCAAAGAGAAAGUUCAUAAAAGUUCAACAUCUCUCGACUCAAUCAUCCCUCUCAUAGCUCAACAUGCAUCAUCAUCAUUGGAAUGGGAAAAUCAGCUAAGUAAAAAGACCAAGACAAUAGCAACACCACCACAAUCUAUAAAAAGACUUGUGGCAUCAGAACAUAUAAUAGAUAGAAUAAGCAAAUCAGCUGAAGAUGCGGCUGCCACCAGAAUCCAAGCUGCUUUUCGAUCUCAUCUGGCAAGAAAAGCACUAUGUGCUUUGAGGGGAUUAGUGAAGUUACAAGCACUGGCAAGGGGUCACUUGGUGAGGAAACAAACAACGGCUACUCUCCGGCAAAUGCAUGCACUGAUGGCAAUACAAGUUAGGGCCCGGUUUCAGAGAAUUCAGAUGGUUGAAGAAUUAUCACAGCUUGUUGCAAGAAGCCAAUCAUCCAGGCAUGGAAAUUUCUCUCAUGAUAAUGAACUAAGAGAAGCAUACAGAGAAACUAUCGACCUAAAUAUUUAUGAAACGAAAAGACAUUUAAAGGAGAAACAUCGAUAUUUUAAUCAUUCACAUAUAGAUAAAAGAGGGCACAGCAGGCCCCAGAAAUACUACUCCAGCGAACUCAUCUCAAACAGAGAGAAGCAAUACGAUGAGUUUUCCUUCCCAACAGCACCAAGUAGUCCCCAAAUCCAUUCCCCAACUUCAAAGGCAAUCCCAGGAAGAGCCUCUUUCACCUAUCAGAAACCAGAUUACAUGCAACCUAUUUCUCAUCCAAACUACAUGGCCAACACAGAAUCUUCAAGAGCUAAAGUCAGGUCACAGAGUGAACCUAAACAGAGACCAAAUUGGAAUAUCAAACCAAAAAGCAAGCAAGCAGCUUCAAUGGAUGGAAGGAAUCGCCAGCUAGAUGCUCAGAUACAAGGCUCAUCCACUUACUCGACACCCAUUGCUCAUGAGAAUGAAGACCCCUGGUUCGUCAAGCUUUAUCAAUCAACCAGAUCAAAGGAUGGUGACUGUGAUGUUAAGAGCCCAGCUAGCUCUAGUUAUUCAAAUUACAGCAAACUUCUUGUUGCAUACGAGCCACAUUUGAAUCUGUACUAA